CGUCAGAAAGUGCUCUGGACCCAUCAGGAGGAGGCGGAGUAGGUCCGGAGCGCCAUGGCUACCAACAUUGAGCAGAUCUUCCGUUCCUUCGUGGUGAAUAAAUUCAAGGAGAUCCAGGAGGAAAACCGCAAUAGGGAAUGAAAAUCACCGGUGAUCAGAGUGGUCUCUCCAUAUCACAGGCAGGUACAGGGACAGCGGCUCCGCAGUGUGAGGACCCCAGCAAUCAGCUCCCCAUAACUCAGCUUCCUGGACCAAUUGAAAACAUGGACGGCUCUCAUAAUGGUGACCUUACAGCACCGGGGACAGAAGCUGCUUCUGAGGGUUCAUCAGUCGUUGCACAGAACGAAGGAAGCAGCCAGACCGUCACGAAUACUGAAGACACAGAGUCUAAGCCCAUGGAAAUCAUACAGACUCCAGCAGCUGAAGAAAAGGAAGGUGAAUCAAAAGAUUUGAAAACUACAGACCUAAGUUCAGAUGAUGAAGUAAAGAGGGAUUCCUCAAAGAAGAAGUCAAAAAAGCACAAAAAGCACAAAAGCAAAAAGAAAAAAAAGAAAAAGAAAAAAGAGAAAAAUGAAAAGAGGUCAAAAUCUACUUCGAGUGUUGAGGACCAAGAGAAUGCUACUUCAGAAUCUAAGUCUGCCUGGCAACCGGUCAUUGCAUCUCUAAAAGUACAAGACACAACAAAUACUGUGUCAUCCCAAGUGGAAGAGAAUGUAGAUGCCCUGCCUUCAUUGGGUGAUCAAGAUAGUAAUCUGCAUUCUGAGAAGGACCAUCCUGCUAAGCCUCAGUUAGAUAUUGACUUUGGGUUCUUUGGUCCUAAGUGUCCAAAUGAAAUGCAUUUUCCAGUUUCUUCAAAACUCACGAUUUCUGAAGUAGAAAUGCCAGAACAGUCCAAAGAACUGGCUGUUGAUAUUCAGCAAAAUAGUGAAAAGGAGAAUCUUAAUGAUCAGAAUAAUGUAAAACAGCAUACAAACUGUGAAACUGCUGAAGCCCUACAAAAAGAAAUGUCUGUGCCUCAGCAAAGCUUGGUGCGUUCAGAAGGAAAAAGUGUUGAAUUACAGGAAAGCAGAGUAGAUUCUGAAGAAAAUAAACAUCUCGAACAUCUGGACAAUGUUUCAUCAGUACCAUUGGAACCAGAGUCAAAAUCAACUAGUACAAGUCUGUUAGCAGCAAAAUCUCGAUCAAGGUCGAAUUCCUUAGCAAAAAAAACUAGAUCAAGAUCCAAGUCUUUGACUAAGGUGCCAAAGAAACAAGCCAGCUCAAAAUCUCUUACUAGGCAGAGAUCACCCUCUACUUCUAUGUUGAGAAGACGAAGGUCACGAUCCAGUUCAGUUGGUCAGAGGCGAAGAUCAAAAUCCAAAUCUCCAAUUAGACGAAGAUGGUCACGCUCUAGCACUCCUGCGCGGUAUUCUAAAUCGCCAAUACGGAGUUGGUGGUCAAAGUCCAUAAGAAACAGGCAAAGAUCUGUGUCAAUUGAAAGAAGACGAAGAUCGAGAACUAGAUCCCUUGCAAAGAGACGUAGGUCAAGAUCCAGGUCAUCUGAAAAGGGGCGCCUUUCAAGGACAAGAUCCAGUGCUAAAAGAAUAAGAUCUAGGUCUCGUUCUACAAAUAGAAGAAAAUCGAGAUCAACCAGCCGUAAACAUAGGUUGCGUUCAAGAUCAACAAGUAGAAGAAAAUCAAAGUCUAGUUCUCCUUCAAGGAAGCGGAAAUCGAAGUCUGCCUCUCCUCUUAGGAGGCAAAAGUCAAAAACGGCCUCUCCUGUCAGAAGGGGUAGAUCUAGAUCUCGUUCAGCUGUCCAGAAACGUAGGUCUAGAUCAGCUUCCAGAAGACACAAGUCCAGGUCUGUUUCAGGUUCUAGAAGACGUAAGUCAAGAUCUGCCUCUUUCACAAGGAGGCGCAGAUCAAGAUCUGGCUUUGCCUCCUGGAGACGUAAGUCAAGGUCUGGCUCGACCUUUAGAAGACGCAGGUCAAGAUCUGUCGUAGCCUCCAGAAGAAGGUCAAGGUCUCCUUCUGUCUCCUGGAAACGCAGGUCAAGGUCUCUGUCAGCCUCUAGAAGGCGCAGGUCAAGGUCUGCUUCAGCCUCUAGAAGACGUAGAUCGAGGACUGCAUCAAGAAGGCGCAGGUCAAGGUCAGCCUCUAGAAGGCGCAGGUCGAGGUCCACUUCGGUUUCCAGAAGGCGCAUGUCAAGGUCAGUUUCUAAAAGGCGCAGAUCACGGUCUACCUCUGCCUCUAGAAGGCGCAGGUCACGGUCUACCUCUAGAAGGAGGAGGUCAAGAUCUGCUUCCAGAAGGCGAAGGUCAAGGUCUCCCUCAGCUCCUGGAAGACUUAAGUCAAGAUCAGUCUCCAGAAGGUGCAGGUCCAGGUCUGACUCUGUCUUGAGAAGGCGCAGAUCAAGGUCUGAAUCUACAUCCAGACAAAAGUCAAGGUUUGGCUCACGCUCCAAAACACGCAAGUCAAGAAGUGGUUCGGACACAAGGAGGCCUAGAUCAAACAGUCAACAAAAGUCACGAUCUUAUUCAACAACCAAAAGAAAAUCUAGGUCUACUUCAGUUUCAAGGGGAGAGCAAUCCACAUUGCAGUCAGGUACCACAAAAGUCCAGUCCAGCGAAGACAGGAGAUCAAGGUCGAAAGGAGACAAUCGAAAAUCAAGGUCAAGAUCUGCAUCUGUCACUUUGAAAUCUUUGGAAAGUGAACCUAAACUGCAGACCAAAUCCUUCACGGAACAAAGGCAGCUUGAAAAAUCAACUAUGGAAUGCCUUGGUCCAAACAGAUCUGCAAUAGAAAAGGAGUACAAAAUGAAACUGCCUGAAAGAAGUUCAACUUCAGUGAUUGGAUCAAAAAGCUGUUCUUCUCCAUUAGGAGCCAGUUCACCAGGAACAAUACCAGUACCAUGCGCUGAAAAUGCUGUACAAGUGGAGUCAAAUGUUUUGGAUUGUUCAUCGACCACAUCGGUAUUAGAAGUUCAAAAGAAAUCUGCACUCUCUGAAUGUCCAACUGAACAGAUUAUUUCUUCUGUACCAUUUAAUGAAAAUCCAUCUGUAGAAUGUGACAUGGAUAUUGAACCAAUCCCUUUUACACCCAUAGAGGUUGCAUGCACAGAACAGUCAAGAGAAGUUGUAAAUAUGGUUGAGGCCUCUAAAGAACUGUUUGACGAUAAUAAUGAUUAUGCAAAGCAGCGUGCAAAGUUAGUACAUAUAAGAAUUAGUGAUGAGCAGGAGCAAAAUACUUCAGACUAUAUUACAGAAGAGGGAACUGUGUUUAAACCAUUUAAUUCUUCUCCAAACUUUGAACAGCAACAUGGACUAUCGCAGCUGUCAAGAGACUAUAUUAAAUCUAAAGUUUCUAAUAUGUCUGUGGCUGUCCCUGUAGAAGAUCCUUCAUGUCAGAAGUGUGAAAACUUGCAAAGUAAACAAGAAUUUGCUAAUAGAUGUUCGGAUUCUCUAUUCCAAACCAGCUUAAAGGAGGAAGAAAAUUCAAGGAGUCAUGUCGCCACCUCUCCAAACUUAAAAUUGUCAACUAAUGAUCCUUUGCCAAGCUGUACAGAGUUACUGCAAGAUUCUGCAUCCAUCAAAUACAUAGAGAAUGCAAACAAAGAUGUACCAGAGACAAAAUAUCUGACUCAGAAAAGCUUUGUCUUAAGUGAAGAAUCUGGCUGUUCUAACCUUACAACUGGGCAAGACACACCUGUAUUGCUUGCACAAAGUCAGGCUGAACAUUUGUAUAGCCCUUCAACAAUUGAAGGGAGGUCACAUUUGCCCAUACUGCCUUCUAAUAAUAAAUUGGAUUUGUUGCAUAAGAAGGAAGAAAGUACAGUGGCCAGUAGUUUUACUUCCAAUGAAUGCCAACAAACUUUAAGCAGUGUUUUUUCUGGUAGUCAAAAGCACACUGAGGAAGAUGUUUCUGCAAAUAUGUUAGAUGGUUUUUCCCACCAGAGAGGCGCUACUAAUUUAAAGUCACCACCCUUAAAUAAUUUGAAUAAGAAAAGUGAAUCAAAAGAGGAAAUUCAGGAAGCUAGUAAGUCUAAACUUGUUAAAAAUACCCUUGCUGAAGAACAGAGUUCCAGUCGGGACAUAUGUAUAUCUAAUGAAACAGAAAAUAGAAGUGCAUCUACCCGUGUUACUCAGAAUUACUUAUUAGACAAUUCCACACAUCACUAUAAUUUAAAAGAAACUGAUGAAUCUGAGGUGUCUUACCCUGUUAAAAACAAGACUGUAGAAGUAAAUCCAGUCAAAGAUAAUGAGCAGACUUUAUCGAGCAUAUCAAGUAAAGAUCUUGGUAGUACUUCUAAAGUUGAGGAAUCUUAUAACGUGCCAAUAUCCUCAACUUGGGAGAAAAUAGUUCAGAACACCUCUCAGGCGCAUGGGGCUGGUGAGGGAAAAUUUCAUGGCUUACUGAAAGGAGAUGAAAAGGAGUCCACCAGCAUGGAAGAAAAUUCUGCCUCUAAAAAUGCUAUCCAGAAUAGUCUAAAUCCACCAAAUGUCAUUUAUCAAGAAGUCUCAAGAUCUAAAGAAGCAACCAAAAAUAUUACAAGUCUAACUCAAGCUCAUGAUUCUCGCAAAUUAAGUUUAUCCCCUAAAAUCAUUGACUCAUCUGAAAAGAAUCCUCAGUGCAUGUCUGUUACUUCUGUUGAAUUAGUCAAGAAAGACCUUCCAUUAUUAGCUGAAGAUAAAAUGGAAAUCCAAACAAAUUAUGAAGUCCUUUCAAACACCAAGAAUUCAGACUCUUCUGAUGAAUGUAAAAUUAUAUCUAAGCCAUCUCCAUUUAACAAUGUGAAUGACAGCAAUACUAAACAAGAGGUAGGCAAAAUCUUAUAUGAUGAAGCGGCUCAGGUGGAGAGUUCUUCUAACAGUAUCACAAGUAGUAAACGGGAAGUCAUUCAUAAUAUUGAAAAAGCAAGUUCAAGAGAAGAAAAGUCCUUAUCUGUUUUGCAUAGUGAAAAACAGGGUUCAAGUUUAUCUAAAACUUUUGAUGGAAGUGUUGAGUGUGCGCAACUGGGUGUUCAAGAACAUGAGUUACCACAAAAGAUUUUUGGACAUUCAGUUUUAAAUGCUGAGACUGAUGGAGACAUUCCACAGAGAGACUCUGUUGUCAGUAAGCACUCAAAGUCUGUUUCAGUGUCAAAAAGUUCUAAAAGUGACUGCCUUACUAACAGUACAGAUGAUAAAAUACAUGUAACUGAUAUCAGCCAAGACAAAGGUGUUAAAUCUGGUCCAGUAAGCAGCCCAAAUGUGUACAUUCAACAGGAACUUGAACCCCAAAAUAAAGAGAAGGGGACUCUUGGGAAGGAAAGUUCAUUCCAGUCAUUAACAGACCUUAAGCAAUGUGAAUUAACAAUACAGCAACAAAGUGCGCUAAACUAUUCCAAGCCUGAACCUGCUUAUAUUGGUUUGAAAGAGAGUAAACCUCAAGAAGAUCCAAAGGUAUCACCUAAGCCAUUUUUAAAUGAGACAGGAAGACUUUCGGUCAGUUCAGUGCCAGUUCAAUUCAAAUUUAGCAAAACUUUUAGAACUCUCGCUGUUUCUCAGCUGUGUAGCGCAUCUGAAGAUUCAUCAGAUGUAGAAAGCUCGAAAGUUAAUACCUCUUCCUCGGGUGUUACACGUAACACUACAGCAUCUACAUCAAGUGUCCUAAGGUCUAGUUCAAAGACUUUGCCAGAUUUACCAACUUCUCAGCAAACUGCGAAUGUUAUAGUAGAGCCUUCCAUGUCAGAGUCUUUACAGGAUGUGUCAACUGAGCUUUCCCAAUCGGACAAUCAAUCUGGGCAGCUUUCUGAGAAAGACCUCUCGUACCCUGAUACCCUUCAGGCUGCAGAUGAGUCGCAGACUGGUUCUAGUACCAAACUAACAUUUCCCCAUAUCUCUAAUGCCGUAUCCAAAUUAGGAGUUAAGCAGCGACAGUACCGUUCAAGAUCUGUAGCUCAAGACAGUAGAACACCUUCUUUAGACAGAGGGCAUGCCUCACGUUCCCGUUCUAAGUCUUUGUCCCGAAGACGACGCUCAAAAUCUUCAUCACGGAAAAAAAGGUCCACAUCAACAUCUAGAAAGAAAAGUUCACACUCUAAGUCAGUCAGAAGAAAACAUUCUCGCUCUAGGUCAAGAGGGAGAAAGGGGCGAUCACAAUCCAAGUCAAAGGGCAAGAAAAAACGAUCCACUUCAAAAAUAUCAGGAAAAAGAAAACGCUCCAGAUCAAAAUCGUCUGAAAGGAUUGGGGGUUCUAAAUCUUCAGGAAAACAGAGGAGCUCACGUUCUACGUCGAAAACUCGAAAAAACAGAUUGCAGUCUAAGUCCCCAGAAAAGAAAGGCAGGUCACGUAGUAAAUCUGAAUCAAAAAGGAAGACACACUCCAAAACUGCAAGUACAAGGAAGAGAUCACGGUCCAAAUCUCCAAACUGGAGGAGAAAAUCACGGUCUAAAUCAUUGUCAUCAAGAAGUCGCUCACGAUCAUUGUCUGUGUCUCGGAAACACUUUUCCCACUCAAAGUCCUCGUUACAUAGGAAACGUUCCAGUUCCAGAUCAGCGUCUCCACGAAGACGUUCUCGUUCAAGAAAUAAAAGGCAUUCUUUCUCAAGAUCUCCAGCUGCACGAAGUCCUUCAAGAUCGCGUUCACGUUGGCAUCGUUCCAGAUCUCGUGGAAGAUGGCGUCGUUCACGUUCUCUCUCUGCUUCCCAACGCCGCUCUAGAUCAACAUCAAGGCUUUCUUCUUCUCUGACAACUAAAAAAAGAAAAUCAUUAUCACCGGUUCGUAGGAGGCGGUCAAGAUCACAAAUCAAGCAGAAAGAAAAGUCUCCUGUAAGUAAGAGGAAGUCAUCCACUCCGCCACCGGCACAGAAAAAAAGUGCUCAGACAAAACCUGCAGGUUUCAAGCAUAGCAUUGGAUUAAAGUCUCUCAUUCAGAAACAGUUAUCCCAAGCCAAGUCACAAGGAACAACUGGAAAGUUGUCUAAGGAGCAAAUACCUUUACCUAAUGUAACAAGUAGAACACAGUUAUCUAUUUUCCCUACUAGAACACAGGCUUCUGUUUCUAAUUUGAGUGCUAUUGGACAAAUACCUAUACCUAAUUUGGCUGAGGUACCUCUACCCAGUGUGUCUGCAGGAAGCCAAAUUCCUAUGCCCAGUGUACCACCUGCAGAGGCGCUUUCUGUAUCAAGCUUAGCUGCUGAAACACAGUUGUCUGUUCCUGACUUAACUACUGCAAACCAAUGGCAUGUACCUGAUAUGUCUAGUACUACACCAUGGUCUGUACCCGAUAUUGCUGCCGGAGCCCAGUGGUCUAUGGCAGACCUAGGAACUGGUACCCAAUGGCCUAUGUCUGAUCUAACAGCUGCUUCACACUGGCCCAUGCACGAUUUGUCUGUUGGCGCACAGUGGUCUAUGCCUGAUCUUGCUGCUGGUACACAGUGGGCGGUACCUGAUGUGGCAGCUGGAGCACAAUGGGCAAUGCCUGACUUAGCAGCUGGAUCACAAUGGACUGUGCCUGACCUUCAUGCAGGAUCUCAGUGGGCUAUGGCUAAUUUGACUGCUGGAGCGCAGUGGGCAGUGCCAGACUUGGCAGUAACAGCACAAUGGACUGUGCCAGACCUCACUGCUGGAACGCAAAUACAAAGGGCUGACUUGGCACAAGAAGCUCAAGUCCCAGGGUCAGAUCUUGCACCUGAAGCACAGGUCCCUGGUUCUGACUUAGUCACUGAAGCCCAAGUCCCUGGAUCUGAUCUAGCUGCGGAAGCUCAGGUGCCAGGGUCUGACAUGGUAGCUGAAGCUCAAGUACCUCCUGAACAUGACUUAACUUCAGAAGAGCGUAAUGUGAUGCCUGAUGUUGCUGCUGAAGCAUUGGUUCCAGUGGCAAGUUCAACUAUUGUGCCUGAUGUUGCUGCAGGAAUUCCAUUACCUGAUGUUGCUGUUGGUGCACAUAUGCCAGUACCCGAUGUUGCUGCUUCAAUACAUAUGCCAGAUGUGGCAACAGAAGCCCAGAAACAGAUGUCUGACUUUGUUGCUGCACAAGCCUAUAUAUCUUUGAUACCUGAAGAGUCAGUUGAGGAUUCACAUUUUAGAGAGCCUAUUUUAUCUUCUGAACAUCAAACUGAAACUGAUUCAUGUGAUGCUUUUGUACAAGAGUCAUCAUUUGAGCCCAAUGUUAUUACUUCACCGAAACUAAAAAUGAAAGAAUCCUCUGGCCAGCAAGUUGCACUAGAUUGUUUUGAGAACUCUCAGUCUAUUGAAUUGAGUGAGAAAACCAUCUUAGUAGACAAACCUGAUCAACAGCUAAAUCAAGGUUCAAAAACAGACAUACUAAACGUCCCACCAGUAGAGUCUAUCAUGGAAUCUGAAAGUCCUCUAAGUAGCCAAACAUGUAGUUCAUCAGAUAUCACUUUUGCUUCCAGAGUGAGAACUGAUUACUCUGGCCAUUCCGUAUCUGUGACAACGGACCCGUUACAAGAACACAGUUUGUUUGAUGGUCAUAAAAGUUCUGAUGCUUCCUUACAGUGUGAACCCCAUUCUGGCUCUAACUUUUUUGUUGAAUCUCAAACCAGCCCUAUCCAAACUAAAAUUGUUGAACCUAGUGAUGACCAUGACCAGCCUCUGCUUACUGUAAAAAACUCAAUGUCUGACAAUAAUUUACAGGUUGAAGAAUGUGGUAGUUCUGACCAUACACUGAUGGAGGAACCUUAUUCGAAAUCUGUCUCUCCAAAAUGUGUUGUCUCUCUUUCCACCUCUGGAACCUUAUUAGAGAAUGAACCCUUAAUUAAUUCCAACACCACUCUGGAUAUUAAUUCUCACAGUAUUUCAGACCCCAAUGAAAUUGAAGCUUGUGUUCCCAACCUUUCUCAGAAAGAGGAUCAGGAUACUAGCCUUCCCCACCCCACUGAAAACUAUACUAGCCCAGAACACCCACAGCUAGUCGAACCAUAUGCUAGCCCUGAGCACCCUCAGUUAGUGGAACCCUAUACUAGCCCAGUGCAUCCACAGUUGGUGGAACCCUACCUCAGCCCAGAGCACCCCCCAUUGGUAGAACUGUAUUCAAGCCCAGAGCGUCCUCAGCUUGUGGAACCUUACGCUAGCCCCGAGUUCCCACAACUGGUUGAACCAUACUCUAGCCCAGAUCGCCAACAACUGUCUGAACCCUACACAUUUACGCAGCAAACACAAAUAUGUCAACCUUCCAUGAGUCCUGCCCUGACUGAAAAUACCUGCAGCCCUCCUGAUAAACCUCAAGAAUGUUCAAUCUCUGGCCAUAUUUUGACCUAUGCAGCUGUGACAUGCACUCAGAUAAAUACAGACUUGUCCUCUUCUGAUAACUCAGAAGCUACAUAUCAAGCUGUGGCACCAGAUGUUUCUAAAAAACAAGAUGACACUCCUCAAUUGAGUAAAUCAAAUCAUGCAAGUGUAUCUCUGCAAGAGGUUCCUUGCCCUAGUCCUUUAAAAGCUUAUUCAUUAGAAAGCAGUUUAAGUCCCAAAGAGACAUCUACAGAAGAAUAUUCCUCGACUGAAACGCAGUCUGUUGAACCUUCUAUAGGAUAUAAUUUGGAACACCCUGCAAGCCCUAUCCAGCUCUUGACUAAACAACCUUGCAGUCCUUACCCAGCUAACCAAGAACAAUUUUCCAUCACUGACCACAAGCCCCUUAAUUUCUGCAUUUCACAUGAGCCAAAGCUUGAUUCAUCUUGUGUUACCAUCAGUCAACAGCUUCUUAAUGAAGAGACGUCAGAAGAUUUGUCUACUAAGGAAGAUCUGCAAUCACAUAAGGAUGUUAUAAAUUCUGAACAAGUACAAGUGAAACUGUAUAGUAUACCAGUUCAGUCGCAGGAAGACUUUCCAAGUUCAUCUGUACAAUGUGUUAAUGCUGCUGAUGAACUAUUUACUGAAUGUGAACCCUCUUCUGCUGAGGAACCAAGAAUUGAUGAUGCUGACAACAAUAUAUCCACUCCUGUUUUAUCAAUUACCACCAUUAAUCUGCAUGGUGGAGAUCAGACUUGUACAAUCAUUCCUUCACCAAACAGACCUGAACAAGAAACGGUUACGGAGCAUUCGCUCUCAGAAGAAAGUAAAGCCACUUCUGUUCCAUCAAACACCAUAAUAAAUCUGCAUGGUGAAGAUCAGUCUUGUACCAUCAUUCCUUUACUAAACAGACGUGAACAAGAAACUGUUGCUGAACAUUCUCUCUCAGAAGAAAGUAAAGCCACUUCUGUUCCAUCUAAUACCAUAAUAAAUCUGCAUGGUGAAGAUCAGUCUUGUACCAUCAUUCCUUCACCAAACAGACCUGAACAAGAAACUGUUACUGAACAUUCUCUCUCAGAAGAAAGUAAAGCCACUUCUGUUCCAUCAAAUAACAUCAUAAAUGUGCAUGGUGAAGAUCAGUCUUGUACCAUCAUUCCUUCACCAAACAGACCUGAACAAGAAACUGUUACUGAACAUUCUCUCUUAGAAGAAAGUAAAGCCACUUCUGUUCCAUCAAAUACCAUCAUAAAUCUACAUGAAGAUCAGUCUUGUACCAUCAUUCCUUCACCAAACAAACCUGAACAAACUGUUACUGAACAUUCUCUCUCAGAAGAAAGUAAAGCCACUUCUGUUCCAUCAAAUACCAUCAUAAAUCUACAUGGUGAAGAUCAGUCUUGUACCAUCAUUCCGUCACCAAACAGACCUGAACAAGAAACUGUUACUGAACAUUCUCUCUCAGUAGAAAGUAAAGCCACUUCUGCUCCAUCAAAUACCAUCAUAAAUCUACAUGGUGGAGAUCAGUCUUGUACCAUUAUUGCUUCACCAAACAGACCUGAACAAGAAACUGUUACUGAGCAUUCUUUCUUAGAACAUAAAGCCACUUCUGUUUCAGCAAAUACCAUCAUAAAUGUGCAUGAUGAUCAGUCUUGUACCAUUAUUCCUUCACCAAACAAACAUGAACAAGAAACUGUUACUGAGCAUUCUCUCUUAGAAGAAAGUAAAGUCACUAAUAGUUCUGGUUUUCCUGACAAUUUGCUGGCAACUCAGGUUGAUAAUCUCUUGGACAAACCUUCUCCCAGCUCAGACUCUGUCAUGUUUCAUGAUUUUCAAGGUAGCGGUUAUUCUUCCCUUUCAAGAAAAAUCUCGAAUUGUCCGAAUAGUUUUUAUCCAGAUAAUUCAUCUAAUGCUGACCACAGCAUACCCUCAGAAUAUUCAACACAAACCAACCAAGGUCUGGACCGUUCUGUUAAAACUGACUCUCCUAACAUUACUGUUUUCCAGUCACAAGAAUUUGACAGAUGUAUUGAAAACCCAUUGCCUACUGAAAAUACUCCAUUUCCAGCUGACUUGCCUAAUUUAAACCAAGAUAAACUACGCUGUUUGACAUCUAACAAAGCAUCAGACAUGUCUAAGUGCAUAAAGAAUACACUUGAGGCUUCUGCUGAGUGUAUUAAAACUGAUAACCAUUUUACAACUACUCCUCCAGACCUAUUACCUUAUGAUUCUGAUCAGCCAACAGAUAUGUGUUCUGAACCUUCAUCCGAGCCAGUUCCAUUCAACUCUCAACCACCACCAGAACUUCUGCCUUAUGAUUCUGAGCAACCUGCAAACUCUUUUCUCAGUGUUUCUGAUUAUUCCACUGAACAAGGCUCUUCAGAUUUUCAUGCACCACCUGAGCUGUUGCCCUAUGAUUCUGAUCAACCCAUCCUUGUGCAUAAGCAACAAACAAAACCUACUGAAGAAAAGCUUACGACCUAUGACUCUACUACUAUCCACCUUGAAACAUACAAAGCUUUAGAUCUGCCAUCAGUGGGCUCUGAAGAAAACUCUGAAAACAGUGCAAGCCCCAAUAUACAUGAAGUACCAGAUAAAUGUGAGCCUUCCAAUGAAACAGUGAAUCUGCAGUUGAAUUAUGUAAAGGAAGUGUCUUCUGAAUGUUCUGUAAUAGAGUUCCCUUCAACAGAGCAUGUAGUUUCUUCAGAAACUGUACAAGAACAUUUCGUUUUGUCUGCAGUUGUCUUCACCCAAGAGAAGGAUUCAAGUUCUUCCAGUUCAACUGAUAAACCUCUUCCUACUCAACAGUUAGCUGAAACUGAGCAGUCAGUCAUACAGACCUUUUUAGGUUCAGAAAUCCCAGGACACCCAGUGUCCAUGAGUGAAAACCAAACCGAACAAAUACCUUUAACCGAGAUUUCUGAGGUACAAUGUGCUUCAUCUGAGUUGGUGAAUACCUCUAAAACAGCUGUUUUGCCUUCUGUACAAGAUGAAUUGUGUCUGGAAACUGCUAGGAAAAGCUCACCUCCCAAGUCAUUGAUAAAUGCUGAAUCUCCACAGUCUCAGCCUGUAUCUAGGAAGACAGAUUCUACUUUAGAUCUAGGAAGGAGACAUGAACAUUCACGCUCAAGAUCUAUAGACAGAAUAAAAUCUACAUCUAAAUCUUCAAAAAAUAAACGCUCACGCUCUAAAUCUGAAACACCGACCAAGAAGUCUCAUUCCAAGUCUUUGGUGAGAUCAAAGAGGAGCAAGUCUCGCUCAUCUUCAACUGAAAGCAAUGGACGUUCUCCUUCUGUAGUGAAACAGAAGGAAUCCACAAAUGUGCACAAAAGAUCCUCAAGAUCAGCAUCUGUGGGUCGUAGAAAGCGGUCUCGCUCUAUAUCCGUGUCUCCUAGAAAGCGAUCUCGUUCUACAUCUGUUAGCCGAAAGUGUCCAAGGAGGCGCUCCGCUUCUCAGUCUCGCCAAAGGCAGUCUCGCUCACGUUCAGUCACCAGUAGGAGACGCUCCCGUUCAUCUUCUGUAACUCGCAAGAGACGCUCUCCUUCAUCUUCUGUUACUCGCAAGAAAAGCUCUUCACCCGUGACUCGCAGGAGACGUUCACCUUCUGCUACUCGCCGGAGACGAUCCCCUUCAACUUCUAAACGCAGGAGACGUUCCCCUUCACCCACUUUACGUAGGAGACGCUCCCCUUCACCUUCUGCUAAUCGUAGAAGACGUUCACCCUCUGCCACUCGCAAGAGACGGUCCCCUUCCCCGUCUACCAGCCGUAGAAGACGGUCUCCUUCAAACUCUACCAACCGUAGAAGAUGGUCCCCUUCCCCUUCUUCCACCCGCAGAAGGCGGUCUCCUUCACCCUCCACCACUCGUAAAAGACGGUCUCCCACACCCGCCACUCGCAGGAGGCGCACUCCAUCACCAUCUGCAUCUAGGCGAAGACGAUCACCAUCUUCUGAGUUUCGAAGAAAGAGAUCCCCAUCAUUACCUGUAUCUCACAAACGGCAUUCCCACUCCCCAUCUGUACCAAGAAAAAGACCCUCCCGUUCCCCAUCUGUAUCAAGAAAAAGACGCUCCCGUUCCCCAUCUGCCUCCCGCAGGAGACGUUCUAGAUCUGCUUCUCAGAGGAAGCUAUCACGUUCCCCUUCUGCCCCCAUAAAAAGAUCUAAAUCUCCAUCAAAAUCCCCUACGGGUACACAGUCAAAAUAUGAUCGAUCUCGGAGUCUUUCGCAUAGUGAGGUGUCGCGUAAGAGGAAAACACGAUCCCGGUCUUCAUCAAGAGACAAAAAAACUGCGGAAAAGAGAAGAAAAAGGUCUAGCUCUAAAGAUUCUUCUAAAGAUUACCACAGCAUCAAACAAAGGCGGAAAAGUCGUACUCCUCCAAGACGGAAAAAGUCAAGAUCCCCUGUCAGGAGAACAAGUGUAUGCAAAUCUCCAGUAAGAAGGAGACGGUCAAGAUCGCCUGUAAGAAGGAAGAGUUUCAGUAGGUCUCCCAUACGCCGAAAACGGUCAAGAUCUAGGGAUAAGUCUAUGGAUUCUGCCAGGUCCCCGAAACGUCUCACAGAUCUUGACAAAGCUCAGCUUCUGGAAAUUGCUAAAGCUAAUGCAGCGGCCAUGUGUGCUAAAGCAGGUGUUCCUUUACCACCAAGCUUAAAGCCUUCUAUGACACCUACUGCACCCAUGGAUGACAAGAUUACGCAGCGGACAUUUGGUGGAACUAUACAGGAACUUACUGAGAAAUGCAAACAAAUUGCUCAGAGUAAAGAAGAUGAUGUGAUUGUAAAUAAACCUCACGAUUCCGAUGAUGAGGAAGAAGACCGGCCUUUUUAUAAUCACCCGUUUAAAGUCAGUGACCAUAAACCAAUCUCCUUUAGUUUACUGAAUCCUACCCUAAAACCAGCGCCGAAAAAUCAGGUUACUUUGACUAAGGAAUUCCCAGUGUCCUCUGGUUCUCAGCACCGAAAGAAGGAGUCUGAUAAAGUAUAUGGUGAAUGGGUUCCAGUUGAUAAAGCCACAGAGGAAAGCAAGGAUGAUGUCUUCACAAACACAGGCCCCGCACAGCCAGUGGACAUAACUUCUGCAAUGAAUGAACGUGCAGUUGCCCAGACGAGGCUUACAGGAAAUCCAUAUGACAUUGAAGCCUUGUAUAUGCUGAAUCGCGCACAGGAGCAGAUUGAUGCCUGGGCUCAGUCUACAUCGAUUCCCGGACAGUUCACAGGGAGCACCGGAGCGCAGGUCCUGUCUGCAGAAGAAAUCAGCAACAGCGGCCCUCAGGCCUGGCUUAAAAAGGAUCAGUUUCUAAAGGCUGCACCCGUCACCGGAGGCCGCGGUGCUCUGCUUAUGAGGAAAAUGGGCUGGAAGGAAGGCGAAGGACUAGGAAGAAAUAAUGAAGGAAAUGUCGACCCUAUUCUUCUUGAUUUUAAGACUGACCGCAAAGGUUUGGUAGCUGACGGGGAAAAAGCUUCUAACAAACUGGCGCUGCCUGCAAUGAAGGAUCUGUCUGGAAAACAUCCAAUCUCUGCUCUGAUGGAACUCUGCAACAAGAAGAAAUGGUCCCCGCCCGACUUUGAGCUCGUGGACGACACCGGUCCCGAGCACCGCAAACGUUUUCUUUUUAGGGUAACCGUAAAUGGAGUGUUGUGCCAACCAAGUCAACCCAGUGUUACCAAGAAGCUUGCCAAGGCUACAGCCGCCGCCGCCGCCCUCCAGGCCCUGGGUGCAUUACCGAAGGAAAACAUAACCUCUACAAGCAACUUCUGCAGUGCCUCCACCAGUAUGUUGUAGGUUUUUUGUUUGUUUGUUUUUUUUAGAUAAAGGGGGGGGAAGAAAAAUAAAUUUCAAUUUUAAAAUAUGGACUUCAAGAAACUACCAAUAUCUAUAAAAUCCCGAAAACCCAAGCAAAGUCUGAAACUUUUUUUAUAAUUGCAUGACAUGAAUGUGUUUUGUAUCUGAGGCCGAGUCUGUGUCUUUUGUAGUUUACAGCUUUUUUGGGUUAGAAUUGCUUAUAAUUGUAUAUUUACGGAACGUGGAUCGUCAUACUGUAAAGCGAUUUCCAUCACUGGUGGAAUGGCUUUGCGUGUAAUACGGUCAGCAUCAGUAAACUUAGCAUCAGCUGGGCCUGGGAGAGGGCAGCGGGCCAGUUUUGAUGCCUUCUACAGUAAAGGAACACAUUUCAUGGGACCUCCAUAGCGUCUAGAGAACGCUUUUCAGUGUAAAAUGUAUACUUCCUACACAAAUGGUCUCCAACUGUGGUGAGACUACAACUCCCAGCAUGCCCUGACAGCUGCGGUCUGUUAGGGCAUGCUAAGAGUUGUAGUUUCCCCAUAGUUCGGAGCCAGUGCCCUAGAUGACCCCCCAUACUGCCUGAAUGCUGAUGGUAAGGUGACUGACACAGCCCACCAUUCUACCAGUUUGUUUAUUGUGCCUGUGUUCAUUUGUGAUUCUUAUUUUUUACAUGAAUCUAUUUGGAUAUUUAUAGCUUCCGCAGAGGAGCUAAAUCUAUCUUGGCCAGAAAUGUGGCCGGCAAGAGAUUAAACAUUGCUUAAUUGUAAAUAAAUCUUAAUAAAGUA